GGCUGCUUUCUUGAACGCAUGUGUCACUGAGGGAGUGAUAAGCAAACAGGAACUUGUUGUGCGGUCACAUACGUCUGGGUAAACGAAACAAGACUGGCGGGGAUCACGGGUCGUAUCUGUUGUGUUUUUUUCAUUCUCCCAGGACUCCUCAUGGAGCCAACAAAUCUACAGAAAGCUAUUGCGGUAGCACAGAAGGCCUCCCAGGAAGACAAGGCUGGGAACUAUGAGGAGGCCAUCCGCUCCUACCAACAUGCUGUCAAGUACUUUCUGCACAUUGUAAAAUGUGAACCCCAGGGUAAAGAUGGCAACCAGAAGAUAAGAGAUACAUGUAAACAGUACCUGGACAGAGCGGAAGAACUACAGGGGUAUCUAGUGAAUAAAGAGAAAGCCAUCGAUCUUGCCAGCAAGGCGGCUCAGGAGGAUAAAGCUCAGAAAUACGAGGAGGCUCUGCGUCUUUACCAGGCUGCUGUUCAGUACUUCCUCCAUGUGGUGAAAUAUGAAGCCCAGAGUGACAAAGCUAAACAGAGCAUCCGGGCAAAAUGUGCAGAAUAUUUGGACAGAGCAGAGAAGUUGAAGGAAUAUUUAAAGAAGAAAGAAAGCGCUCCUCCCGCGAAGCCGGUCAAAGAGUCACAGUCGGACGACAAAGGGAAUGAAAGUGAUGAAGGUGAUGAUCCGGAGAAAAAGAAGUUCCAAAAUCAACUCUCAGGUGCAAUUGUUAUGGAGAAACCAAACAUCAAAUGGAAUGAUGUUGCUGGUUUAGAGGGAGCCAAGGAGGCACUGAAAGAGGCGGUUAUUCUUCCAAUCAAAUUUCCCCACCUCUUCACAGGAAAGAGAACUCCAUGGAGAGGGAUCUUGCUCUUUGGACCACCAGGUACAGGAAAGUCUUAUCUGGCUAAAGCUGUCGCCACAGAAGCAAACAACUCAACUUUCUUCUCCAUCUCCUCUUCUGACCUUGUCUCCAAAUGGCUGGGGGAGAGUGAAAAGUUGGUGAAGAAUCUUUUUACACUUGCAAGGGAGCACAAGCCUUCUAUCAUCUUCAUUGAUGAGAUCGACUCCCUGUGUGGCUCAAGAAGCGAGAACGAGAGUGAAGCUGCUCGGCGUAUUAAGACAGAGUUCCUGGUUCAGAUGCAGGGUGUGGGAAAUGACAAUGAGGGAGUGCUGGUACUUGGGGCAACAAAUAUCCCAUGGACCCUAGACUCAGCCAUCAGAAGAAGAUUUGAGAAGAGGAUCUACAUCCCGCUGCCUGAAGAGCACGCACGCUCCUUCAUGUUCAAGCUCCAUCUGGGCGCGACCCCCACAAGUCUCAGCGACACUGACUUUGUCACUCUGGGCAAGAAGACAGAUGGCUACUCGGGAGCAGAUAUCAGCAUCAUUGUCCGAGACGCUCUAAUGCAGCCUGUUAGAAAGGUCCAGUCAGCAACCCACUUCAAAAAGGUACGUGGUGAAUCAAGAACUGACCCCAACAUGCUUGUAGAUGACCUAUUGACUCCUUGCUCUCCUGGCGAUCCCAACGCGAUUGAAAUGACAUGGAUGGAGGUACCUGGGGAGAAGCUAUUGGAACCUGUAGUAUGCAUGUCCGACAUGAUGAGGUCUCUGGCCAACACAAAGCCAACAGUCAAUGAUCAAGAUCUGGUCAAACUGAAAAAAUUCACAGAUGACUUUGGACAGGAAGGCUAGGUGGGAUGAUUGAGCCAAAGCAAAGGAAUUUUGAUUGUCUCUCUUUACUGUCCUUGUCCCUUUUUUUCUUUUUUACUCUCUCAUCAUAACCAUUCACCAGGCUUAGUGGUUUAUCAUGAGUGGACAAUAUCACUGCGCUGUUGUUUUGCCAAAUUGACAACCAAGCAAAGGGUGAAAGGACCUAGAUUUAUUUGAAAAUAACCAUUGUCCAAAGAAAAUUAAAAACUUCCCAUCUGUAGCUGACCUGAUAAAAGAAUCAAUGACAUAAAUAAUUUAGAGUGUUGUUUGACUGGUAUUUAUCAGCAGAAUGCCCUAGGAACUUGGGGAAAAUAAUUGAAAAUUGCAAAUAGGGCUUUUGAAGUCAAGAUAAUUUAUUUUAAAUCAAGAUUAGCUCUUGUCUCCAGAAUACAUCUCACUAGAUUAAAAUAUAAUACUUACAUAUUCUCCAUUUUGUAUUAAGUAAAAAAAAAUUUUAUAUUGUACUUAGUGGAAUGUAAAAAUCUUGGGCUGGGGGAGUGAAGCAGGGCAUGAGUUGAUAGGAUUUGUUUGGGGAAAUAUGUCAUUUUUGUCUCAAGGUGGUGGACGUUUAAAGCUUUGAGACAGAUAUUCAGGAUGAGAGCAACAUUAGACCCUGUGGGAAAAAAUUGGAUUUCUAAUCCAGUUUCCUAACAAAGAACAAUUGUAUUUGUUUGCUCAUUUGUCAUUUGAAUUAAACACAACUACAAGGGGGGAUCACCAAUGGUGCCAGACUAGCAUUAUUUUACAAUUCUUCAAGGACUCAAUAGCUUUUAAUUGCUUUGUCACUCAGCUCAUGUUUUUUUUUUCACAACCUACUGUACAUAUUUUUCUUUACUAUCCACAGGCUUUGCUGGUUAUCUUUAAUAUCAACUGCAAAAAAACUAAGCCUUAUGUUAUAAAAAAGUCAUUAUAAAUUUUGAUAAAACAAGACCCAGUUGGACACUGAUGGCUCAGGUGAAGAGAUCAUCUUCUUGUAUACUUAACAAUAUAGGAGUGCAUCUCCAAGCAUGAACUAUAUGUAGCCAUGAGUGGCAGUGUGCACCAUGUGCCUUCUAGAAAAGCUGCAAGAUUCAUUUUUAUUGAUUUAUUUCUAAAUUGGACGCACUGCUUACAUAUCCAGUGCUUUGUCACUACAACUAAAAAUGUAUAAUUCAUGUAAGCUCUUUCAGAGAUUGUAUACAACUUUGUUCUUUUGCUCCUACGGUGUGAAACCAUCUCUUUUGAGUUUUAAGAGUCUUGUUUUACUGUAAAUGUCUAUACAUAUAGCCAAAUCCAGCUUUUUCUUUGUGUGGUCACCCAUGCAUAACAUUUUCUGUUUUUUUGUUUGUUUUUGUUUCCACAGUGUAAAUAAAAGUUAAAGCUACUUCAA